AUGGUAGGACAGAACGGUUUUGUUGCUGCUGAAGAUGUCAACAGUGCUAAUUACCCCAAGGCCUUAAACGGGAAUCCUGCCAGCACAACAUUCUUUUCCAUCGGAGACAAGGAUGAAUUCAACCCGGAGAAGUGGGUGCCGUGUCUCCCCCCCCGGCAUCCUGAGACCGGUAUAAAAGUUCUUAUUGUCGGUGCCGGCUUUGCUGGCUUGACCGCGGCGCUUGAAUGCUGGCGCCAGAGACACACAGUGGUUAGCAUUCUCGAGCGUAGUGCUGGCCCCAACUACAGUGGCGACCUUAUUAUUGUGCAGCCUUCAGCGCUCGAGAUGAUGCGACACUGGCCCUAA